AUGUCAAUGUUCAGAUCAGCCGCCGAUAUCUCCUCUUCUGAUCAGGAGUCAGGAUCCGAUCCAGAUGAUUAUCGUGACGCCCCGUCACCAAUUCCCAGAAGUGAGACAAGCCCCGGGUCUCGACGCGCUAGCAGGGACCGAUCCUCCCAGAAAUUUGAAUCUUCUAGCAGUGUCGAUGCCUCAAUUUCGCUCGACGAUCUGUCCUUGUCACAGGAUGCUCUAGAUGUAAAAGUCGAGCGACAUGGAAAUAUGAUGACCGCCGCCCUGUUGGAGUUUUAUUGCCAAACCAGAGCAGCAGAGAUUCUCAAUGCCCAGCAAGGGUCUAACAGGAGAUUUACCCGGCAAUCCCCCGAGGCCCAGUACUUAGGCAAGAAAUUGUACAAGUACAAAUCCCAAUUCCUCUCCUCCCAUGGCGUUCUGACGGAUGGCAUCGACAAAGAAGAGCUUGGCGCCACGAGACAGACCUAUCGCGAUAACCUUGACUUCCUCGGCCGCUCCGCACUCGAAGAAAUAAAAUUCCAUGAGCAUCAAGCGCGUUCUCCAAUUGAAGGCACCGAGGAGAUGGCGUUGGUGCCGAGACACCAGCACGGAAUCAAUCUCUUAGAGAAAGGCGUUCAGUUCUGGAGCGGCGACAGAGAUCAACUUCCUUCAAUUGGCAAGGUUGAUGUACUGGAUGGAAUCCCCACUGGAGCGAGAAGCUUGCCUCAGCCCUCCAGGCCCCUCUUCGGCAGCUCUCCGGUGAGCAUGCCGCUUUUCAAUCAGCCUGCCGCCUCGUCUUUGAACCUGAUGUCGCGUUAUGCGGUCGAGUUCAGUGAGCUCAAAGUUAUCGGGCGAGGAUCGUUUGGUGAGGUGUACCAUGUCACGAAUCAUAUUGAUGGGCAGGACUAUGCCGUCAAGAAAAUCCCUCUUAGCCAACGACGCCUUGAUCAGUUGCAAUACGGUGGACAGAAUCAGCUGGAGACCAUUAUGAAGGAAAUUCGUACCCUUGCCCGCCUCGAGCAUACCAAUAUUGUGCGAUAUUACGGUGCAUGGGUGGAGCAGGCACAAGUCGACCUCUCCAAGUACCACAUGGAAGACAUUAAUAAGGGACUCAACAAUGACAAGCGAGUACCAUUCGAACAGCCGACUCAGAGUUACGAGCAUUCACAUAGUGAUGUGUUUGGACAAGGCUCUAACGAGCCUAGCAUGGGCAUCGUGUUUGAACACUCCGAGAACUCAGUCAUGGAAUCACAUUCAAGCUCUGUGCCCGGCUCUGUCCCUGAUGAAUUCGGUUUCCACAACAGGAUACACCGUCUAGACAGCCAUGCGACCUCGUCCUCUCGCCGUUCAAAAAAGAGCUCCGGCUCGGUUCUAGAGGAUGACGAUGAUAUCGAGUCCAUUCCCCGCAACUUUCACAACCCUUCGCAUGGCCAAACAUCCACCUUUGGGGAAACAGACGACAUUUUCUCCGACGGUUUCAGCCAGGACCAGUCGAGGCUGCAGGUGCAAUGCCGCUUCAAACCCAAUAAUCAGCCACCGCCAGCUGUCAUUCUUCACAUUCAAAUGUCGCUCCACCCGAUCUCUCUCAACUCCUAUCUCCAUCCUCAAGCUGCAUCCAGUCCCGUCGGUGAUAUUCCCGCGAGACGCCAUUGCUUCCACAUGAUGCCUUCUCUAAAACUGAUGCUGGAUAUUGUUUCCGGUGUCGAGUAUCUCCACGGAAAAGGAAUUGUCCACCGAGAUUUGAAGCCAGCAAAUAUCUUCUUGUCUUUGCCUGAGAAUAGCGACCGGAAUACCUGCGGUGCAUGUGGCUCCGGAUCAAGUUCCACAACACAAUUUUGUCGCCCCCGGAUCGGAGACUUUGGUCUCGUUGCUGAUAUCUCACAUCUUGACGGGGCCGCGGCCGAUAGCGCCGUGACCCCGUUUCGCGAUGGCCCUAAGAUUCAACGCGUCGUGGGAACCGAGUUUUAUCGGCCACCAGCCGUUAGUGAUCCAUCAAGUCCAGCCUCGGACUAUUUUGAGGAGUAUAAAAUUGACGAGAAGUUGGACGUCUACGCGCUGGGUGUUAUCCUGUUUGAACUUGUCUACCGACUGAACACGAAGAUGGAGCGCCAAAUGGUUCUGAACGAACUGACUCGCGGAACCAUCUGCUUUCCUGAUGAUUUUGCAGCAAAGAUAGACUGCGGCGAGACGCAGUUGGAUACGGGUGACACGGUAGCCGCCGUCUUGAUGAGCUGCAUCCGAGGCAUGUUGACGCCUCAGUCGCAAAGGCGGUGGAGCUGCCAGGAAGUCAAAGACCACCUGCGCAAGACUCAGAAGGCCUUGAAACGGCUGCAGCCGCGGAAUUAA